UGACGUCCCCGCUAAUGCGCCGUUCGAAUUGUUUAUUAUAGCGCUCGUUAGAUGGCGCGCACGACAAUGCAAAUGGCCUCACCCGUUGUGGAAAUGUAGUUUCACAACUUCUAAGGAACUGUGCCGAAGAAGAAGUCAAAGUUAAUGCAAUUGAUAGCUCUGCACUGCGGUCAUAUCGUCAACAACGACAUCAAAAAUUUAAUUUGCUCUCUGUAUCUGAUAUUCACUGAUUUUACAAUUACUGACGCACACUGUUGCCACGGUCCCUCACUGUCACACUCACAGAGUCACACACCGUGUCAGGAAAGUGGACGACUGAGAGAGGAACUUGCAUCGGGGAGGAAAGUGAGAGAGGAACCUGCUUCGGGGAGGAAAGUGAGAGAGGAACCUGCUUCGGGGAGGAAAGUGAGAGAGGAACCUGCACCGGCGAGGAAACUAAGAGAGGAACCUCCAUCGGGGAGGAAAGUGAGAGAGGAACCUGCAUCGGGGAAGAAAGUGGGAGAGGAAACUGCAUCGGGGAGGAAAGUGAGAGAGGAACCUGCAUCGGGGGGAAAUCGUGAUCUCGAUCACCGCCUGCUCGAUGGAACCUUCUCCCCUUCCUUCUGCUUCUUCUUCUCCUAUUCUUUCUCUUCCUCCUGGUCCUUCUCUUUCUCUUCCUCCUCCUCCUGCUCCUCUUCCUCGUCCUCCUCCUGCUCCUCCUGCUCCUCCUCGCUCAGACGUGCAGAGCGAAGCAAGGGAGAAACCGUACGCGUGUGACUUGUGCGAGUACAGGACGUGCUCCCACUACAGGUUGAAGACUCACAUGCGAACGCACACGGGAGAGAAACCGUACGCGUGUGAGACAUGCAGGUAUCGGAGCUCUCAGCUCAGUGGCUUACAGGCGCACGUACGCACGCACUCGGGAGAGAAACCGUACGUGUGCGACAUAUGCGGUUACACUUGCGCCACCUCCAGCAUCUUCAAGACGCACUUUCUCACGCACACGGGCGAGAAACCUUACGCGUGUGAUGCGUGCGAGUACAGGACUUGCUCCCGCGGCAACCUGAAAAAGCACAUGCGAACGCACACGGGAGAGAAACCGUACACGUGCGACAUAUGCGGCUCCGCCUACACCACCUCCACCGACCUCAAGAAGCACUUUCUCACGCACACGGGCGAGAAACCGUACGCGUGCGAUGUAUGCGAGUAUAGGACGUGCUCCCGCGACAACCUGAAGAAGCACUUUCUCACGCACACGGGAGAGAAACCGCACGCGUGCGAUGUAUGUGAGCACAGGUGUUCUCAGCUGGCGAGUCUCAAGAGACACGCGCGCACGCACACGGGAGAGAAACCGUACGCGUGCGAUGUAUGCGAGUACAGUUGUUCUCAGCUGGAGAGUCUCAAGAGACACGCGCGUACGCACACGGGAGAGAAACCGUACGCGUGCGAUGUAUGCGGGUACGCCUACACCUGCUCCAGCAACCUCAAGAAGCAUUUUCUCACGCACACGGGGCAAAAACCAUACGCUUGUGACAUCUGCUCUUUCAGGUUCGUAUCCUCGAGCGACCUCUCGAGACACAAGCGCACGCAGUCGCACCAAAGAAAGGCUAUGUACAAGCAAUCGGGAGAGAAACCGGGAGUGAUGUGAUGGACGGGUCUGCGGGUUAAACAGCUAAUUCGUCAGACGUUAAACGUGUGGAUACGGAUGCACUCUCUCCAGUAGACACCAGUGACGUAGACUCAGGCUUGUAUAAGAGAAGAAAUGCUGUGCAUGCAAUCAGGGGUGAUGUGACUGACAUUCUACCGAUUAAACAGUUAAUAAGCCAGUUCGUAGUUGCGCACUGGAGCCCUAUGACGUCAUCGGGUCAUAGGUCAUUUGUACAUAGC